AUGCGGCAGAAAAUCAGCGAAGAGCGAGUGUACCUACCGACUCCAGGCAGGCGCUUGAUGUUCGGAAAAGAGUUUGCUGGUGUUGUCGUCAAGGGAAUGAAGCGAAUCACAUUCGACAAAUGGCUGGACAACUACCUUCACAAGGGGGAUACAGAGGAGGAGGAAGAAAACGACCUGGAUGUAGACCUCAUGGACGAAAAACUCGUUCACGAGCACUGUGAAGCCGCCAAAACAGAGAUGAGAAAGUUGCCUGCAGAGGAGCUUGGAAGCGCCAAGCGAGCUGUGACACAAGCAGAUGGAACGUGGGGCACACGUGGAUUCCAUAGUAAGAACUGCACGGUCACUGCCGGAUCAGCAGACGCACUGAAGGACAGGCUGCUAGCUUUGGGAAAGUAUCACGGCCGUAACAUCCACUCGUGGAAGGAACCAAAAACAAAGAAGAAGCAGACAUGCGACUUCCAUCCGCAAAAAACAUGCACCUGCGAGAAGUGUAAGAAGAAAGGCAAAGGUGAGGAGCCGGUCUGUGGCAGGGGGAAGCCGUACACUUCAAAGCCGUCCAUUUCCUGUCCACUACACAGCCAGAUGUAUGAGAUUGAGACGGCACGUCGGACAGAACAGACACACGAUAUCAUCCACCCUGAUCUGGGCCGAGGCAACUCAAAUCUGCCCGAAGCAUCGCACAAUUUGUUGAUAAGACUUCGGUCUAAAGAUGUUUUCUUGAGUCGCCUGCAUUAUAUCGUUAAGACUGACAUGGGCCUUCUACAAAGCUGUGUUUCUUGGGAGCAGGCCUCCCUACCCAUCGGGCCGGACUUCAAACACUGGACAGUAGAGCUGUUCAAAAGGAUGAAGUUACCCAUCCCGCCCGGUAUGAUUAAAAAUGUAGAGAAGGCGUUGGUGGAACGGAACAAGGACCCAGAGAGGGCAAAGACAGACAGGAAGAAGGCCCAGCGCAUCGCCUUGAAAGUCGCCCGUGUCCUGGAUAGCGAAGAGCGGAAAAAGGGGAUAAAGCAAAGAGAUAUCCAACACAGCUACGGGAGCGCUGAAGCAGCAGAUGACAGUGAAGACGAAGCUACAGCAGGGGAAGAUGAUGCUAGAAACGUCCUCACAAGUGACAGCCAGCCAAUCAGAGGGAAGAAGAGUACGAAGGUCGUCGGCAGAGUGGUAGGGUUGCGUGCUCCCAAGCAAACCAUUGGCAGGAAGCGAAAGUCACCACGGAAAGAGCAACCAUCUAGAAUGAAAAGUAAAAAAGCAAAAAGACAGAACUAA